CGGCGCGCUUGCGCAGUAGCUGGAAGCGGGCGUUUCUUUCCUCCCUUUUUUUUUCGAAUUGGUCGUGAGGGCUCGAUUCCAGUUACAAAAUGGCGGCCUGAGGUGUGUGGGGCCCUGUUCUCUCAGCCGUCUCCUGCUGAACGGACUGCUUACCUCCCGUCACUGCUCAACGCAGAGAAACGAGACACACCCCCGCCCGGAAGGACAUGCUGUUUGAGACUCAGGGGUUGCCGAUCACCGAAUCCUUCGAGGCUCUCAGCACACCAGAAACGAUCGCGCGCCGCUUCAGACCCGAGUGCCGCGGCCGCGACCUCGCACCUGCUCUCCGCUGCGCACCCCGGCUUCGCCGCGCCCACAACCCAGCGAGGGCCGCCGCAGCCACCGGAGAGGUUCAAAAAAAUGGCCAAAAGAAUCGCCGAGAAGGAGUUGACAGAUAGGAAUUGGGAUCAAGAAGAUGAAGCAGAAGAGGUGGGAACAUUUUCGGUGGCCAGUGAGGAAGUCUUGAAGAACAGAGCCAUAAAGAAAGCAAAGCGUAGAAAUGUUGGAUUCGAAGAAAUGGCAACCCACUCCAGUAUUCUUGCCUGGAGAAUUCCAUGGACAGGGGAGCCUGAUGGGCGACAGUCCAUGGGGUCACAAAGAGUCAGUGAGACAGCACACGGCACCAUCAUCAUCUCCAUCUGUUCGUCCAUCAGUGGCCGUUCAGGCUGCUUCCGUGUGGUGACCACUGUAAAUGGUGCUGCGUCUGAUGGUGGAGGGGCCUUUAAAGGUUUUAAAGGUUUGGUUGCAUCUUCUGGAGGAGGAGGGUUUUCUGGAUUUGGUAAUGGUGCUGGAGGGAAGCCUCUGGAAGGACUGUCAAACGGAAACAGCAUAACUAGUGCCUCUCCCUUCUCCAGCACGAGGGCAGCAACUGAGACCAAGGCCACCUUCGGAUCUACUGCUAUAAAUGGCCCUAUCUCCUUGGUCGAUAAAAAGAUUUCAACUCCUAAAACUAACGGUGACGGUCAGCAGCCUUCCUCCUCUGGUGCUGCUCGCCACGGGAACGCCUAUCACAAACAGCUGGCAGCUUUAAACUGCUCCGUCCGGGAUUGGAUCGUGAAGCACGUGAACACAAACCCGCUCUGCGACCUCACACCUAUCUUUAAAGACUAUGAGAAAUACUUAGCAAGCAUCGAACAGCAACACGGGAACAGUGGCAGCAGUAAUUCUGAAAGUGAAGCCAACAAAAUAUCAGUUGAAGCACAGCCUCCUUCUCUAUUUGGUUCAACAAAAUUACAACCAGAGUCACCAUUUUUGUUUCAUGUCAACAAAACAGAGGAUGCGUCUGAAAAGAAGGUGGAAGCUGUGUCUGAAAAGAGCAAGGACCCAUCACUAGGAGCCGCAAGUGCCUCGUUUAACUUUGGCAAGAAAAUGGAGAGUUCUGUCAUGGGCUCCUUAAAUUCGGGCCCCUUGACUGGAUUUUCAUUUUCUUCUGGAAACUCCAGUUUAUUUGGCAAAGAUACUACCCAGAGUAAACCAGUUUCUUCACCAUUUUCCACUAAAACAUUGGAGAGCCAAGCAGAAAGUGGCGGCAAUGAGUGCAAAGGUGGAGAUGAAGAAGAGAAUGACGAACCACCGAAAGUAAUAGUUACUGAAGUAAAAGAAGACGAUGCUUUUUACUCCAAAAAGUGUAAACUAUUUUACAAGAAAGAAAAUGAAUUUAAAGAGAAGGGUGUAGGCACUCUGCAUUUAAAACCUACAGCGAAUCAGAAGACGCAGCUGUUGGUGCGGGCAGACACCAAUUUAGGCAACAUACUGCUCAACAUCCUGAUUGUGCCCAGCAUGCCCUGCACUCGCACAGGGAAGAACAACGUGCUCAUCGUCUGCGUUCCCAACCCGCCCGUCGAUGAGAAGAACGCCGCCACCCCCGUUACCAUGUUGAUUCGGGUGAAAACCAGCGAGGACGCGGACGAGCUGCACAAAAUUCUGCUGGAGAAGAAGGAUGCCUGAGCAUGCCCGCUGUGGAGUUGUUGCCAAGCUGCUGCUUCCCCUGGCGCCCCUGAGCUUAGUCAGUUUUCUUCUCUUCUUACUUUGACGUUCUAGGACUUAGAGAUAACUUAAAACUUUUGUGGGGAAGAUUAAUAUUAAAAGGCCAAUAAAACCUUCGAUGUUAAGUGUUAAGAAACUGCAUUCUCCCUUCUUAAGAACUGUCUAAUGUGUAAAAUACAUUUGAAAGAAAAAUUUUGGAAGAUUUUUAACAUUCAUUUAUUAAACUAACCACAAGUGAUUUCUUAAUGGACUGAAAUCAGGGUAUCGAGUAGAUUUCCCAAAGGCUUUUCUGACCCAGGGCUCGGGGUCCGCUGCCAGCAUCUGCACGGCUUCACGGCGUGCGUCCUCUGGCGGGCGUGGCUGGCUGGUGUGGGGUGGGCCUGCCGCCGCGCUGUGGCCGAGGUGCUCCCCUGUGCUUUGUCACGUCGCUUUACAGCUGGGAUGUUUGCCUUCAGCAGAGGAGUCCUCAGCUGCUUUCGUGUGGACGCUGGCCUUUAGCCCCACAGGCUGCUUUACUAGGAUUCCAGAGCUGCUUUUUCGUUUUAAGAGGAAAUGAGUAGCUUGUUCUUUGGUUUUGUAGGUUCCUUCAUGAGGUGCUCUUACUUCUCUAUCCCCCUAGAGACAAAAGGGAUGGGGGGUUUGCCAGGAAAGAGGUUUAAAAGCACAAAUUUGGUAGUUUGUAGACCACAGACAGUGGUCACAACCCUUAUAGAAUAAAGGGUUAAACCGUACAACAAAAGGGAAAGAAUAUGCUCUUAGUUAAUUGUACCGUGAUGAACUCUGGAUCUAAACCCUAAACUUAAGUCCUAGGAGCUUUUAUUACACAUGAGCCAUGUGAACUCAGCAGGAAACACGCAAUAAGGUGAUGGAAGAGGAAGUUGUGUGUGUAAACGUUGCCUUUAACUUUUAGACGCCAGUGUAUUCUGCAUUUGAUACUGAAAUUUCCAUUUACUUUUUAAUGGUAAGACGUUCCGUAUGUCCAUGUGGAAUGGAGCCAUGGCUGCACCCAAGGUAGCCACGUUACUUCUCCAUAGCUUUUGGGUAACUAGCACUAGCGUUCUUUGAAGAUUCUGGUCACGCAAACUAGAUGUCAGGUUUAAUGUUCUAAAUGUCCACUCAUUCCUCACAAGUCAUUUAAUGCUGGUACCAGAUAGGCUCAGGGUCUGUGCCUGAGGGCUCACACUUGUAUAUUCUGCUCUUCAGAACAUAAUGUCUUCUGACUUUAAAAAAAAUAGUCAAAAUUACUGUAGAUAGUACAGUUGCUUUUAUUAAAAAAAAAUACAAUUUUUAGAUGUAAAGGGAGCAGGGAAACCAUUUUAUGAUACGUUACUCUUUAAUACUUGAGGUAAAGUAGUUGGGCCAACAAUGAUCAUGAAAUUCUUAUACUACUGCAUUCUCGCCUCUGAUUCCAUGGGAGACUUUGGCCCCAUGUGUAACUUUGGGUAGGUAACGUGCACUAUUAGGGAAUGGGAUCGAAUUUGGCUGUAUCAUGAGGCCUGGGGAGGAAGUGGCAAUUGUUGUUUCUUUUACUUUUUAGAAAUGAGAAGUUCAUGAGUGUUCGUUGUAGAUGAGUUUUAGUUAACAAGUGGCUGAUUACUUAAUACUGGCCCUUCCCUGUUCACACUAGGUUUAUCCAGCUGUUACAGGGACGAGGAAAUUAGGGAACAAACCUCAUCAGCAUGUCCUAGCUUAGCCGCACAUGCUCCUUGUCCCACCAGAAGGUCAGGCUCACAGACUUCUGUAUCUCUAGGAACUCUGGUGCAUUAUUUGUUUGCCUUUGCAUGUGAUGUGAAAUGUUCACCAAAAAUGGCAUGAAAGUCAUGAUUGGAUUCACUCUUCCCCACCACCAUCCUAAAAAGUUUGUCUUUUUAAAUUACUGGGUGUGUGUGGCUUUCUUUUUUUCUAACAUUCCCAGCAAAUUCUUGCUAAGACUGUACUGUUAGAGUGGAAAUUACAGGGGGGACAGUGGUAUGUAUACCAUAAAUCAAAAUGUGGUAUUGUCUUAAAAUCACUCUUGUCCUUUAGGAACUCGCCGGUCUCCACUUUAAUUAUGUCUGAGUGUAAAAGAGCCUAAUAAGUGUAUGUGGAUUUCUCUGUAAAAUCUUAAGUCCAUGUAUGUUACUGGGGGAGGGGCACCUUGGCCCCUGGAGGGCUGGGGGCUGGCCUUUUUGUCCCCACUGUUUAACAGCUCAAUUCUACCCCUUGGCUUUAGAUUUAUUUUUUAACAAGUUAUUAGAAAUUAGGCUUUAAAAUGUUGAAUGUGGAUGAAGUUUUUAUCUUUGGUUUGAGAAUCUACAAAGAGAGUGUCGUAAAUGUGUCCUAAAGGGUGUAUAUAUCUUUAAAUCAGAUUGUGUUGUAUCUUGACAAAUACCGAAUAUCCCAGUGGCCUUUUUUUUAACUGCUGUGUGUUCAUCUCUUCCUUUUGAGCAUUCCCAUUAAGCAAAAAAUAGAGUAUGAUGCUGUUUUCAUUAUUAGAAUUACAGGCUGAAAAUGUGUGUCCAGUUUUUAAACUUUAGAUUGUGUUUUUCAUGAAAGAACAGGUUUAUGGACUGGUUUUCUUUUAAAAGGAUUAUUGUUUUACAGUUUGAAUUCUAAAUCAUAUUUUUGAUAUGCUGCAUGCCAAAAAAUACCUACCUGUUCUGGGGUAGAGGGAAAAAAACUAAUAUUCUACCUUACUGUUAAGAGUUUAGAGAAGGCUUUUGGGGUUUAGUUUUAAAGGUCAGCGAAUUACCUGUUUCUGAGCAUUUGUCAGCUAUUCUGUUUCAGAACAGUUCAGAACAAUCCAAUGCAAGUGCAGUGCAUUUUACAAACUGAGCAACUCGCUCCCAAACCCUGGUAGUCAUCCUUAUUUUGGAAGUGAAGUCUCUGAGUACAAACUGCUUUGUCCUGUAGCACCAGUAGGCGACAGGGAGGGACCUGUCACAACUUCCUUCCCGUGUGGUGCUCUGAGCACAGGCGUGUGUGUGUGUGUGUGUGUGUGUGUGUGUGUGGCUGGUGUGGCAGACCCAGUUGUAGCAGAGACGGGAAACUUGGUAGCAUAUAUCAAAUGGAUCAAUUGUUUGCUUUCUAUUUUACAUAGGAAACUGUUUUCUAAAGCUAAAAUACUUGAAUUGUCAGACAAUGUAAUCUCGGUGUGUAUUAGUUUUUGAAUGAUCCCGUUGAGCAAGUGUAUCAAUCCAUGAAAUGUGAAUAAAUGGAAAGUAAACAGAA